UGCUCGGGGCAGACAGGUGGAGGUAGAUAGGGCGUCUCGGCAAAUUGUUCCGCUGCUCCUUUCUACUGCAGCAGCGCGCACUGCUGCCUGCAGUGAGGCUCAAUUACCGUUGUAGACUACAACGGUAAUCAAAAAUGAGUAUGUAUGGAUCCCAAAAGGGGAUUAACAGCAAUCGCAAGGGCUCGGCAAGGAGUGACGUGACUGGAGGUGGAAACUACCAGUACACACGCAGCGAGGCCGGACAAGGCGGCGGUAAUGGAUACGGGCCUGCAGACCCCUUCAUGGACGCAUACUCCUACACCUUUUCUUCUGGAGGUGGUGCAGGGGGUAGCGGACAUGGGGGCUCUGGCCUGCACCAGAAGGCCAUGAUCCUGCAGGAGCAAUGUCAGGAUUUCCUGAGGAAGGCGGAACACGCCAUGCAAACUGGUGGGGAUGCAGAGCGCUACAUGGCCAUGGCCAGGGAGACCAUAGAUCAGCUGAAGGGCUGUGCGAGCCAACUACGACAGAUCGGCCAACCCAAUGACAAUGUGGUCAGAAGUGUUGAGGUGUGCAGGGACCAGCUGAAGGGAGUCCACAUGGCCAUCAGUGAGACCCUGCAUAGGAGAAGGAAGAGCACCCGAGGCAACUCGGGAGUCUGGGAGGAUCCCGGACGGACUUACGUGGAUGCGAUGGGCUGGAUUGGACAACAGAAGCGUUUGAUCGAGACCUCUCCUUGGGGAGACGACCAGGAGACUCUCCAACAGCAGCUGGUCAAACACCAGAUGUUCCACAGCUCCAUCCAGAGGAGUGAUGAGAUGGACCGCGCAAGGGAUGAGCUGCAUCAAAAUGGCGACAAGGCUAGCCUCAAUGCCCUGGACCAGGAAUGGGACAGCCUCCAGAAAAUGUCCUUCAGUCGGAGCGAGUGGCUGCAAGAGCUGCAACUGAUCAUCGAGGACAUCUCCAAGGAAAUCAUGUGGGUGAACUACAGGGAGGAGGAGGAGCUGGUCUUCGAUUGGGGAGAAAGAAACAUUGACCUGUACAUCCCUAAGAAGCAGGAGAGCUACUCUCAAUUGAUGAGUGCCCUGGAAGGGAAGGAGAGGGACCUGAAUAGACUCAAGGUCAAAGUAGACGUGGCCCUGAAAAACAACCACCCCGCCUCGGACAAGAUCGAGGCCUACAUGGACACUCUGCAGACACAGUGGAGCUGGCUCCUGCAGAUCACCAAGUGCAUUCAUGUCCAUCUGAAGGAGAAUGCAGCCUACAGCCAGUUCUUCAAGGAGGCGAAUGAGACGUACGGCGCACUGCAGAAGGAACAUGAGACCAUACGCAAGAAGUUCACCUGUGACAAGGACACCUCCCUGGACAGCCUGCUCGAGCUGCUCGCGGAACUAGAGAAAGAAAAGGAAAAAAUCCUGGAGAACAAGAGGCAGGUCCAGCACCUGGUCAACAUGUCCAAGAGCAUCGUGAGGCUGAAGCCCAGGAACCCCGAGGAGAAGAGCAGCAGCACCGUCAUCGUGCGAGCCCUCUGUGACUUCAAACAAGACCAGAAAGUAAUCUGUAAGGACAACGAGGGCAUCCUUAAGGACAACAGCCAGCGCAGCAAGUGGCAGGUGACUGGACCAGGUGGCCUGGACAUGCUGGUGCCCUCUGUCUGCCUGCUGGUCCCACCUCCAAACCCCAUCUCUAUCUCCAUGGCCAAGAAGAAUGACCAGUACUACGAGGCAAUUCUCUCCAUAUGGAACCAGCUGUACAUCAACAUCAAGAGCCUCAUCUCGUGGCAGUACUGUUGCAUGGAUAUUGAAAACAUAAACUCACUCACCGUCGCCAUGCUGUCUCGAAUGUCUUCUGAGGAAUACCGCAGCCUGAUUAAACGAUUGGAGACUCACUAUUCAGAGUUUAGAGUCAACUCCCAUGGCUCCCAGAUGAUUGAAGAGGAGGACUUGAUGACCAUUGAAAGCCAGUACAAUGGAGCCCAGAAUCACUAUGAGCAACUGGUGGUGCAAUUGCCUUCCUACACCCAGUAUGCCUCAACAGACUACGCUGUACAGCUACAAAACAUCGAACCACAGAAGGUUGAACCGAAAUGGCAACUGGUACACCAACCAAUGUAUCUUAUUCAGCAGCCAAGCCAGCAGGUAGUCAUCCAGGAGGAGCAGCAGAUACGAAUGGAGAGGAUGGAAAGGAUGAGGGAGGUGGAGGAGGAGGAGGAAAGAAGGAGAGUGGAAAUAAGGAGACUAGAGGAGAAUAGAAGGAUGGAUGAGGAGGCCAGGAAGAGGGAGGAGGCAUUGAUGCUAGAGGAGGAGAUGAGGCAGAGGGAGCAGGAGAAGGCGAUGAAGCGGGAGGAGGAGAAGAGGAGGAUGGCGGAGACGCAAAGACUGGAGGAGGAGGUGAGGUUGAGGGAGGAGAAAAGGAAGAUAGAGGAGGCGAAAAGGAAGGUGGAACUCAAGAAAGUAGAGGUGAAGAAGGACCACGUGAUCAAGAAGGAAGCGGUGCGAACGAUCAAGGCUGAGUCUGUGAAGAGGAAGACGUCCUCCUCCGCCUUUUCCUCCACCUCCUCCUCCUCCUCCUUCCAUGGGUCCAGCUCCCACAGCCUGAUGGAGCUCCGCACCCUUAGGACUAGGAUGGAGUCAGCGGAGGGAGCACUCAACCAGCACAUCCACAUCAGUCUGGGGGACGACAAAGUGCGGGAAUGUGGCCUUCGUAUUACAGAGCUGGAGAUGGUACAACGAGACAUUGACGACAUCCAGGGGGACAUCCUGCGUAUCAAGGACAUGAUUUUGAUGGAGGUCGAGGGCAUGGCAGAUGCUGACAAAGCCCAGUUCCUACGCAGUGAUAUCGGGGGAAUCACCCAAAGACUGGGUGUUCUGGACUCCAGCCUCUCAGCUUACCUGCAGAGGCUGCGGGCCCUCAGGAACCUGCUGGAGAGUGUGUCACACGGUGAAGACAUAGUGAAAGUGCAUGAGGCCAGGCUGACAGAGAAGGAUACCACUUCCCUCUCACCUGGAGAGGUAGAGGACUACAUAAUGUACCUCAAGAAUAUGAAGGUUGAGUUGGACCAGAAGAGGGACGUUUUUGACUCCAUGGAGGCAGAGAUGGAAAAGGCGAACAACUGGAACAGCCAGGUGGGCGACUCCUCCCUUAGGUGUGACAUGACCCUGGCCACAUACAGCGAGCUGGUGGGCCAGUUGACAAACCGCUGGAGACGCAUCCAUACCCAGAUUGACUGCAGAAUGAAGGAUCUGGAGUUCUACGUUCCCCAGCUGCAGCAGUACAAGAAAGACAGCACAUCCCUUGAUGAGUGGAUCGACUCCACACAGAAACGCCAGAAGGCCCUGCAGUCCACCAAGAUAGAGGACCUCGAAACUGUCGUCCUACACAUCAGCCAACAGAAGGCACUGAAUUCUGAGAUCAAGGAGAAGAGAAGGACAUUAGAUAGUGUGUUGACCGAGUCUGGGGACUGUGUGAGCUCCAUCAAGGACUACGAAUCAGACCUUGCCGCAUACGGCUCUGGAUUAGAGACUCUUCUCAACAUCCCCAUCAAGAGGACCAUACUGACGUCUCCAUCUACAGAGCUUAAUCAAGAGGCUGUGGAAAUGCAGACUCGCUACAUGGAGCUGUUCACUCUCUCUGGUGACUACUACACAUACCUGGGAGCAAUGCAGAAAAAUAUGGAGGAGCUCAAGAUUCGUAAUACCAGAAUUGAUCUUCUGGAGGAGGAGCUCCGGCUGCUGAAGGGGUCGAUCGAGAGCAACACCACCAAGAACCGGCAGCUGCAGGAUGCUCUUGCCCGUUAUCAGCUGGAGCUCUCCAAUUCCAAAGAGCAGCUGCUGUCGGUGGAGAACGGAAAUGAAGACGAGUCGCGGAAAAGGAGGCUGGCAGAGGAUCGCUACAACAAGCAAAAGGAAGAAUAUGAGAUUCUGCUGAAAAGAGCGGAGAAGAACAUGACAGAUAAGGAGCGUGAGGCUGAGCAGCUGCGACAAAGGCUGGCCGACGAGUCGGCAAGGGUGAGAGAACUGCAGUUGGAGACAUCAAAGGUAAGGGCUGUUUGCAUUGCUGAGAUGAGAAGCUUAAAGCUCAGCUAUGAAUCCCAGAUCCAGGCCAGUCACGCAGACAUUGAGCUUCUCGCCACCCAGCGGGAGGAGGCUGCAAAUGAGCAGAAGCUACAAUGUGAUCGCAUGGAGGCGGAGAAGAAGGAUCUGCAGGAGGAACUGACCAGGCACCGGCUGUCAAUCGGCGAGGCUGAAGAGGGAAGGAGGAGGGCAGAGCAGCAGGCUCUAAGUCAGCUCUCUGUUAUCGCGGAGGAGGGAUGCCAGAGGAGAGACCUGGAGGAGCAGCUGGAGUCGCUGAUAAGGCAGAGAGAGGCAGACGAUGCCCGGCACAGGGUAGAGCUGGUUGAACUCAAAAAGACGCUGGAAGACAAGAGUGCCCAGGUGGCAUACGUCACACAUAGCCUGUCGGAGGAGACACGUAGGAGAACAACCAUAGAGGAAGGCCAGAAUGUUUUGGAGGAGACCCUGGCCAAGCUACACAUGGAGCUGGCUAGCUCCUCCGUAUCUAUCGCAGGGUUGAAGGAGUGUGAAGAGGGACUUGAGAGGAUGCACUUUGAGAUUGAGAGGCAGGUUAGCGAAAGAAGCAGAGCGGAACAGAAUAUCAUCAGGUUACAGGGCCGCAUAAAGGACCUUCAGUCCGUAAGAGAUGUGCUGGAGAGCCAGGUAGAGGUGCUAAGGAAGUCCAAUCAAGAGGAAGUGAAUAAAAGGAAGAUGAUAGAAACAGAGCUGGAGCAGACCACAAUCACAAUAAGGGAGUAUAGCAGUAACCUCAACUUGCUGCUUAAAAGCCAAGAAAAGGCCACCACUGCAGAGAAAAGAGUUGAGGAGGAGUUACUAAGGUUGAAAGGUGAACUGGACCAAAGCUUGAGACAAAACAAGAUCUCUUCAGAGCACCUGAGCAAGUUAAGUUUUGAACUGAUGGCCCUUCAGCAAAACCUUCUUCAAGAGCAGGCAUUUGUAAAGGAGGCCAAUCUUUGCAAGGAGAACCUUUACAAAUCUAUCGAAGAGAAGAGUGAGGCGUUGAACCAGAACUCUGUUGAGCUUCAGAUGUGGAAGGAGAAUACAGAAACCCUGACCAAAGAGAGGGUGAGAUUGGAGGAGGUGCUGCUAGUCGUAAGCCAUGAGAGAGAUGAGCUUCUAAGAUCCAAACUGGGAAAUGAUGAAGAGCUGGUCACUCAAGUCUCUGCCUUGGAGCACCAGUGGCAAAGUAGUAACCGCAGAAGUUUAGACUACAAGCACCUCGUCACAGAACUUUCCACAGAGAGGGAAAAAUUCAAGCUGGAGAUAGAGAAAACCCAAAAGCAGUCGAUUGAGACUACGGAGGAUCUUGAGCGCAUCAAGCUAUCUCUGGAAUCGGAGUGCCACAUCAAACAACGUCUACAGGAAGAGAACGAUAGGCUAAAGAAUGAAUUUAGGUUAUUGAAGGACAAAUAUGACAGCAAGGAGAGCCAAACAAGACAGCACGACUCUGACAAGGAUCGCUUUGAACAGGAGAUAAAUGAACUUAAAGGUGAGAUACAGAGGCUAAGAAAGGACUCAGAGGUGAUUAUUUCAAGAAAAACAAUGGCGACUGACCUAAAGGCAGUGAGAGAGCCUCCAAACCUUAUCUUUGAUGGUGUACGCAAAACAGUCACAGCAAAACAGUUACAUGAUUGUGGUGUGUUGGAUGAACUAACAUUUAACAAACUGUUGGAAGGGAAAAAGAGGGUCCCGGCUGUGUCUGUUGACAAAAAGGUAAUUCUUAAAGGGACUGGACCCAUUGCUGGGGUAGUGAUUGCAAGUCAGAAAGGUACAUUCUCCUUGUCUGGGCCCUUAAGUAAAAUGUCCCUGACUGAAGCCAAAAAAGGAAACCUUAUUCCUCUGGAUUGUGCUGAUCUUCUUUUGGAUGCCCAAGCUGCCACAGGGCACAUGAUUGAUCCUAGACUGAAUCAGAAGUUGACAGUGGAGGAGGCCUGCGACCAAGGAUUGGUUGAUGAAAAUGACCGGCAGAGAUUGCUUGCUGCUGAGGCAGCUGCUGUGGGCUACCAUGAUCCUGGAACAGGGCAACCGCUAUCAGCAUUCCAGGCAAUGAAGAAAGGAUUGAUUGACAAAAGCACAGCACUGCGUCUACUUCAAGCACAGGAGUGUACAGGUGGCAUUCUAGAUCCCACGCUUAGUGUAUUCCUCCCAAAAGACAUUGCCAUUGAGCGUGAUCUGAUCAAUGAAGAUAUUUAUCGGGCUUUGAAUCAGAGGCCUGAGCUCUACAUGGACCCAGAGACAGAACUGGGUGCCAGCUAUAUAUCACUGAAAAGGAGAUGCCAAAAAGAGCCAAACACAGGAUUACUGCUUCUUCCAGUCUCCAAAAAGCUAGACCCAUCCAAACUGGUGUUUGACGGUGUACGCAAACCAGUUACAGCAAAGCAGUUAAAUGAUUGUGGUGUGUUGGAUAAACCAAUGUUAGAUCAACUGUUGAAAGGGGAAAUAAGCGUCCAAGAUGUGUCUGUUGACAAAAAGAUAAUUCUCAAAGGGACUGGACCUAUUGCUGGAGUAAUUAUUGCAAGUGCAAAAGGUACAGUGUCCCUUUCUGGGCCCUUAAGUAAAAUGUCCCUGAGUGAAGCCAAAGAAAAAGAUCUUCUUCCUCUCGAUUGUGCUGAUCUUCUUUUGGAUGCCCAAGCUGCCACAGGUCACAUGAUUGAUCCCAUAACAAAUCAGAAGUUGACAGUGGAGGAGGCCUGCGACCAAGGAUUGGUGGCUGAAAACGACCGGCAGAGAUUGCUUGCUGCUGAGGCAGCUGCUGUUGGCUACCUUGAUCGUGGCACAGGGAAACCGUUGUCAGCAUUCCAGGCAAUGAAGAAAGGAUUGAUUGACAACAACACAGCACUGCGUCUGAUUCAAGCACAGGAGUCUACAGGUGGUUUUCUAGAUCCCAUUCUUAGUGUUUUCGUCCCAAAAGACAUUGCCUACGAGCGUGAUCUGAUCAAUGAGCAAAUGGACAAGGCUUUGAAUCAAAGGCCUGCACUCUACUUGGACCCAACAACAGAGCAAGGUGCCAGCUAUGGAUCACUUAAAAGAAGAUGCAAAACAGAGCCAAACACAGGACUACUGCUCCUUCCUGUCCCUCAAAGGCUAGACCCGUCCAAUUUGGUAUUUGAUGGGGUUCGAAAGCCGGUCACAGCAAAGCAGUUGCUUGAUUGUGGUGUGAUAGACAAGCCAACAUUUAAAGAGCUAUGCACGGGAGAGAAAACUGUAUCAGAGGUGUCUACCGACAAAAUAGUUAGUCUUAAGGGGAAUGGGCCCAUUGCCGCUGUGAUAGUUGGCAAUCAAGUCAAAAUGUCCUUUGCAGAGGCCAAAAAGCAAGGUCUUGUUCCACCAGAGAGUGCUAAUAUGCUACUGGAGGCCCAGGCUGCCACAGGCCACAUCAUUGAUUCUAGAACCAAUCAAAAUCUGACUGUAGAGGAAGCAUGUGACAAAGGGGUGGUAGCAAGGGAAGAUAGAGACAGGUUGCUGGCAGCAGAAGCUGCUGCUAUUGGCUACUAUGAUCGUAGAACAGCUAAGCAUCUAUCAGUGUUUGAAGCCAUGAAGAAGGGAAUUGUGGACAAGAAAACCGCACUUACUCUGCUUCAGGCGCAAGAAUCUGCAGGAGGCAUUCUAGACCCUGUGAAGAGUGUGUUCCUCCCCAAGGAUACAGCCAUAAAACAUAAACUUCUUGAUGAAGAGCUGAAACACGCUCUAAACCAGCAACCUGAGUAUUACAUUGACCCAGAAACUGAGAUGGGUGUUCCGUAUGAAGUUUUGAGGAAAAGAUGCAAGACCGAAUCUCACACAGGUCUGAUACUGCUGCCUAUAUCUGAAAAGCAAGACCCAAGCUUAAUCAUCUUUGAUGGUGUCCGCAAGCCAGUCAACGCACAGCAGCUGCUUGAUUGUGGUGUUCUGGACAAGCCAACAUUUAAAGAAUUAGUAAAAGGAGACAAAACUGUACCACAAGUUUCUCUGAUCAAGAGAGACAGUCUAAAAGGUACUGGAUGCAUUAGUGGGGUAAUCGCUGGAAAGGUAGGCAAAAUGUCCUUUGAUGAUGCCAAGAAACAAGGGCUACUUUCAAAAGAGAGCGCUGAUCUGUUAUUAGAGGCUCAAGCAGCCACAGGCCACAUUAUUGAUCCUAGAAGCAAUCACAGUCUGACUGUGGAAGAAGCAUGUGAUAAAGGGGUGGUGGCUAAGGAAGAUAGAGAGAGGUUGUUAGCAGCAGAAGCUGCUGCUAUUGGCUACAAUGAUCGUAGCACGUCAAGGCCUUUGUCAGUAUUUGACGCCAUAAAGAAGGGACUGGUGGACAUGAAAACUGCGCUAACACUGCUUCAGGCCCAAGAAUCAGCUGGAGGCAUUCUAGACCCUGUGAAAAGUGUUUUCCUCCCCAAGGAUACAGCCAUAAAACAUAACCUUCUUGAUGAAGAGCUGAAACACGCUCUAAACCAGCAACCUGAGUAUUACAUUGACCCAGAAACUGAGAAGGGUGUUACCUAUGAGUCUUUGAAGAAACGAUGCAAGACCGAAUCUCACACAGGCCUGAUACUGCUGCCUAUUUCUGGCAGACAGGACCCAAACAAACUCAUCUUUGAUGGUGUCCGCAAGCCAGUCACCGCACAGCAAUUGCUUGAUUGUGGUGUGUUAGACAAGCCCACAUUUAAUCAGCUAUUGACGAAGGAGAAAACUAUUCCAGACGUAUCCAAAGACAAAAAGACUAGUCUUAAGGGUACUGGGGCCAUAGCUGCUGUGAUAGCUGGCGAUCACGGCAAAAUAUCAUUUGCAGAAGCCAAGAAGCAAGGACUAAUUCCAACCGAUAGUGCUAAUAAGCUAUUGGAGGCGCAGGCUGCAACAGGCCACAUCAUUGAUCCUGAAACAAAUACAAAAUUGACUGUAGAGGAAGCAUGUGUCAAAGGGGUGGUGGCUAAGGAAGAUAGAGAACGGUUGUUAGCGGCAGAAUCUGCUGCAAUUGGUUACAAUGAUCGGACAACAGCCAAGCCCCUUUCAGUGUUUGAAGCCCUGAAUAAGGGAAUUGUGGACAAGAAAACCGCCAUUACACUGCUUCAGGCUCAAGAAUCUGCAGGAGGCAUUCUAGACCCGGUGAACAGUGUUUUCCUACCCAGAGAUACCGCAAUAAAAGGCAAACUUAUCGAUGAGGAGCUGAAACGCUCUCUAAACCAGCAGCCAGAGUGUUACAUAGACCCAGACACUGAGAAGGAUGUUACAUAUGAGUCAUUGAAGAGAAGGUGCAAGACUGAAUAUGACACAGGUCUGCUACUUUUGCCUAUUUCUGGAAAGCAAGACCCAAACAAAGUCAUCUUUGAUGGUGUCCGCAAGCCAGUCACCGCACAGCAAUUGCUUGAUUGUGGUGUGUUAGACAAGCCCACAUUUAAUCAGCUAUUGAAGAAGGAGAAAACUAUUCCAGACGUAUCCAAAGACAAAAAGAUUAGUCUUAAGGGUACUGGGGCCAUAGCUGCUGUGAUAGCUGGAGAUUACGGCAAAAUGUCAUUUGCAGAAGCCAAGAAGCAAGGACUAAUUCCAACUGAUAGUGCUAAUAAGCUAAUGGAGGCGCAGGCUGCAACAGGCCACAUCAUUGAUCCUGAAACAAAUACAAAAUUGACUGUAGAGGAAGCAUGUGUCAAAGGGGUGGUGGCUCAGGAAGAUAGAGAACGGUUGUUAGCGGCAGAAUCUGCUGCAAUUGGUUACAAUGAUCGGACAACAGCCAAGCCUCUUUCAGUGUUUGAAGCCCUGAAUAAGGGAAUUGUGGACAAGAAAACCGCCCUUACACUGCUUCAGGCUCAAGAAUCUGCGGGAGGCAUUCUAGACCCGGUGAACAGUGUUUUCCUACCCAGAGAUACCGCAACAAAAGGCAAACUUAUCGAUGAAGAGCUGAAACGCUCUCUAAACCAGCAGCCAGAGUGUUACAUAGACCCAGACACUGAGAAGGAUGUUACAUAUGAAUCAUUGAAGAGAAGGUGCAAGACUGAAUACGACACAGGUCUGCUACUUUUGCCUAUUUCUGGAAAGCAAGACCCAAACAAACUCAUCUUUGAUGGUGUCCGCAAGCCAGUCACCGCACAGCAAUUGCUUGAUUGUGGUGUGUUAGACAAGCCCACAUUUAAUCAGCUAUUGAAGAAGGAGAAAACUAUUCCAGACGUAUCCAAAGACAAAAAGAUUAGUCUUAAGGGGACUGGGGCCAUAGCUGCUGUGAUAGCUGGAGAUUACGGCAAAAUGUCAUUUGCAGAAGCCAAGAAGCAAGGACUAAUUCCAACUGAUGGUGCUAAUAAGCUAAUGGAGGCGCAGGCUGCGACAGGCCACAUCAUUGAUCCUGAAACAAAUACAAAAUUGACUGUAGAGGAAGCCUGUGUUAAAGGGGUGGUGGCUAAGGAAGAUAGAGAACGGUUGUUAGCGGCAGAAUCUGCUGCAAUUGGUUACACUGAUCGGACAACAGCCAAGCCUCUUUCAGUGUUUGAAGCCCUGAAUAAGGGAAUUGUGGACAAGAAAACCGCCCUUACUCUGCUUCAGGCUCAAGAAUCUGCAGGAGGCAUUCUGGACCCGGUGAACAGUGUUUUUCUACCCAAAGAUACUGCAAUAAAACGAAAACUUAUCGAUGAAGAGCUGAAACGCUCUCUAAACCAGCAGCCAGAGUGUUACAUAGACCCAGACACUGAGAAGGAUGUCACAUAUGAGUCAUUGAAGAGAAGGUGCAAGACUGAAUAUGACACAGGUCUGCUACUUUUGCCUAUUUCUGGAAAGCAGGACCCAAACAAACUCAUCUUUGAUGGUGUCCGCAAGCCAGUCACCGCACAGCAAUUGCUUGAUUGUGGUGUGUUAGACAAGCCCACAUUUAAUCAGCUAUUGACGAAGGAGAAAACGGUUCCAGACGUAUCCAAAGAUAAAAAGACUAGUCUUAAGGGUACUGGGGCCAUAGCUGCUGUGAUAGCUGGAGAUCACGGCAAAAUUUCAUUUGCAGAAGCCAAGAAGCAAGGACUUAUUCCAGCUGAUAGUGCUAAUAAGCUAUUGGAGGCGCAGGCUGCAACAGGCCACAUCAUUGAUCCUGAAACAAAUACAAAACUGACUGUAGAGGAAGCAUGUGUCAAAGGGGUGGUGGUUAAGGAAGAUAGAGAAUGGUUGUUAGCGGCAGAAUCUGCUGCAAUUGGUUAUACUGAUCGGACAACCGCAAAGUGUCUUUCAGUGUUUGAAGCCCUCAAUAAGGGAAUUUUGGACAAGAAAACCGCCCUUACUCUGCUUCAGGCUCAAGAAUCUGCAGGAGGCAUUCUAGACCCGGUGAACAGUGUUUUCCUACCCAAAGAUGCCGCAAUAAAACGAAAACUUAUCGAUGAAGAGCUGAAACGCUCUCUAAACCAGCAGCCAGAGUGUUACAUAGACCCAGACACUGAGAAGGAUGUUACAUAUGAAUCAUUGAAGAGAAGGUGCAAGACUGAAUACGACACAGGUCUGCUACUUUUGCCUAUUUCUGGAAAGCAAGACCCAAACAAACUCAUCUUUGAUGGGGUCCGCAAGCCAGUCACCGCACAGCAAUUGCUUGAUUGUGGUGUGUUAGACAAGCCCACAUUUAAUCAGCUAUUGACGAAGGAGAAAACUAUUCCAGACGUAUCAAAAGACAAAAAGACUAGUCUUAAGGGUACUGGGGCCAUAGCUGCUGUGAUAGCUGGAGAUUACGGCAAAAUGUCAUUUGCAGAAGCCAAGAAGCAAGGACUAAUUCCAACUGAUGGUGCUAAUAAGCUAAUGGAGGCGCAGGCUGCGACAGGCCACAUCAUUGAUCCUGAAACAAAUACAAAAUUGACUGUAGAGGAAGCCUGUGUUAAAGGGGUGGUGGCUAAGGAAGAUAGAGAACGGUUGUUAGCGGCAGAAUCUGCUGCAAUUGGUUACACUGAUCGGACAACAGCCAAGCCUCUUUCAGUGUUUGAAGCCAUGAAUAAGGGAAUUUUGGACAAGAAAACCGCCCUUACUCUGCUUCAGGCUCAAGAAUCUGCAGGAGGCAUUCUAGACCCGGUGAACAGUGUUUUCCUACCCAAAGAUGCCGCAAUAAAACGAAAACUUAUCGAUGAAGAGCUGAAACGCUCUCUAAACCAGCAGCCAGAGUGUUACAUAGACCCAGACACUGAGAAGGAUGUUACAUAUGAGUCAUUGAAGAGAAGGUGCAAGACUGAAUAUGACACAGGUCUGCUACUUUUGCCUAUUUCUGGAAAGCAAGACCCAAACAAACUCAUCUUUGAUGGGGUCCGCAAGCCAGUCACCGCACAGCAAUUGCUUGAUUGUGGUGUGUUAGACAAGCCCACAUUUAAUCAGCUAUUGACGAAGGAGAAAACUAUUCCAGACGUAUCAAAAGACAAAAAGACUAGUCUUAAGGGUACUGGGGCCAUAGCUGCUGUGAUAGCUGGAGAUUACGGCAAAAUGUCAUUUGCAGAAGCCAAGAAGCAAGGAUUAAUUCCAACUGAUAGUGCUAAUAAGCUAAUGGAGGCGCAGGCUGCAACAGGCCACAUCAUUGAUCCUGAAACAAAUACAAAAUUGACUGUAGAGGAAGCCUGUGUUAAAGGGGUGGUGGCUAAGGAAGAUAGAGAACGGUUGUUAGCAGCAGAAUCUGCUGCAAUUGGUUACACUGAUCGGACAACAGCCAAGCCUCUUUCAGUGUUUGAAGCCAUGAAUAAGGGAAUUGUGGACAAGAAGACCGCCCUUACUCUGCUUCAGGCUCAAGAAUCUGCAGGAGGCAUUCUGGACCCGGUGAACAGUGUUUUCCUACCCAGAGAUACCGCAAUAAAAGGCAAACUUAUCGAUGAAGAGCUGAAACGCUCUCUAAACCAGCAGCCAGAGUGUUACAUAGACCCAGACACUGAGAAGGAUGUUACAUAUGAAUCAUUGAAGAGAAGGUGCAAGACUGAAUACGACACAGGUCUGCUACUUUUGCCUAUUUCUGGAAAGCAAGACCCAAACAAACUCAUCUUUGAUGGUGUCCGCAAGCCAGUCACCGCACAGCAAUUGCUUGAUUGUGGUGUGUUAGACAAGCCCACAUUUAAUCAGCUAUUGAAGAAGGAGAAAACUAUUCCAGAUGUAUCCAAAGACAAAAAGAUUAGUCUUAAGGGGACUGGGGCCAUAGCUGCUGUGAUAGCUGGAGAUUACGGCAAAAUGUCAUUUGCAGAAGCCAAGAAGCAAGGACUAAUUCCAACUGAUAGUGCUAAUAAGCUAAUGGAGGCGCAGGCUGCGACAGGCCACAUCAUUGAUCCUGAAACAAAUACAAAAUUGACUGUAGAGGAAGCCUGUGUUAAAGGGGUGGUGGCUAAGGAAGAUAGAGAACGGUUGUUAGCGGCAGAAUCUGCUGCAAUUGGUUACACUGAUCGGACAACAGCCAAGCCUCUUUCAGUGUUUGAAGCCCUGAAUAAGGGAAUUGUGGACAAGAAAACCGCCCUUACUCUGCUUCAGGCUCAAGAAUCUGCAGGAGGCAUUCUGGACCCGGUGAACAGUGUUUUUCUACCCAAAGAUACUGCAAUAAAACGAAAACUUAUCGAUGAAGAGCUGAAACGCUCUCUAAACCAGCAGCCAGAGUGUUACAUAGACCCAGACACUGAGAAGGAUGUCACAUAUGAGUCAUUGAAGAGAAGGUGCAAGACUGAAUAUGACACAGGUCUGCUACUUUUGCCUAUUUCUGGAAAGCAGGACCCAAACAAACUCAUCUUUGAUGGUGUCCGCAAGCCAGUCACCGCACAGCAAUUGCUUGAUUGUGGUGUGUUAGACAAGCCCACAUUUAAUCAGCUAUUGACGAAGGAGAAAACGGUUCCAGACGUAUCCAAAGAUAAAAAGACUAGUCUUAAGGGUACUGGGGCCAUAGCUGCUGUGAUAGCUGGAGAUCACGGCAAAAUUUCAUUUGCAGAAGCCAAGAAGCAAGGACUUAUUCCAGCUGAUAGUGCUAAUAAGCUAUUGGAGGCGCAGGCUGCAACAGGCCACAUCAUUGAUCCUGAAACAAAUACAAAACUGACUGUAGAGGAAGCAUGUGUCAAAGGGGUGGUGGCUAAGGAAGAUAGAGAAUGGUUGUUAGCGGCAGAAUCUGCUGCAAUUGGUUAUACUGAUCGGACAACCGCAAAGUGUCUUUCGGUGUUUGAAGCCCUCAAUAAGGGAAUUUUGGACAAGAAAACCGCCCUUACUCUGCUUCAGGCUCAAGAAUCUGCAGGAGGCAUUCUAGACCCGGUGAACAGUGUUUUCCUACCCAAAGAUGCCGCAAUAAAACGAAAACUUAUCGAUGAAGAGCUGAAACGCUCUCUAAACCAGCAGCCAGAGUGUUACAUAGACCCAGACACUGAGAAGGAUGUUACAUAUGAGUCAUUGAAGAGAAGGUGCAAGACUGAAUAUGACACAGGUCUGCUACUUUUGCCUAUUUCUGGAAAGCAAGACCCAAACAAACUCAUCUUUGAUGGGGUCCGCAAGCCAGUCACCGCACAGCAAUUGCUUGAUUGUGGUGUGUUAGACAAGCCCACAUUUAAUCAGCUAUUGACGAAGGAGAAAACUAUUCCAGACGUAUCAAAAGACAAAAAGACUAGUCUUAAGGGUACUGGGGCCAUAGCUGCUGUGAUAGCUGGAGAUUACGGCAAAAUGUCAUUUGCAGAAGCCAAGAAGCAAGGAUUAAUUCCAACUGAUAGUGCUAAUAAGCUAAUGGAGGCGCAGGCUGCAACAGGCCACAUCAUUGAUCCUGAAACAAAUACAAAAUUGACUGUAGAGGAAGCCUGUGUUAAAGGGGUGGUGGCUAAGGAAGAUAGAGAACGGUUGUUAGCAGCAGAAUCUGCUGCAAUUGGUUACACUGAUCGGACAACAGCCAAGCCUCUUUCAGUGUUUGAAGCCAUGAAUAAGGGAAUUGUGGACAAGAAGACCGCCCUUACUCUGCUUCAGGCUCAAGAAUCUGCAGGAGGCAUUCUGGACCCGGUGAACAGUGUUUUCCUACCCAAAGAUGCCGCAAUAAAACGAAAACUUAUCGAUGAAGAGCUGAAACGCUCUCUAAACCAGCAGCCAGAGUGUUACAUAGACCCAGACACUGAGAAGGAUGUUACAUAUGAGUCAUUGAAGAGAAGGUGCAAGACUGAAUAUGACACAGGUCUGCUACUUUUGCCUAUUUCUGGAAAGCAGGACCCAAACAAACUAAUCUUUGAUGGCGUCCGCAAGCCAGUCACCGCACAGCAAUUGCUUGAUUGUGGUGUGUUAGACAAGCCCACAUUUAAUCAGCUAUUGAAGAAGGAGAAAACUAUUCCGGACGUAUCCAAAGACAAAAAGACUAGUCUUAAGGGUACUGGGGCCAUAGCUGCUGUGAUAGCUGGAGAUCACGGCAAAAUUUCAUUUGCAGAAGCCAAGAAGCUAGGACUUAUUCCAACCGAUAGUGCUGAUAAGCUAUUGGAGGCGCAGGCUGCAACAGGCCACAUCAUUGAUCCUGAAACAAAUACAAAACUGACUGUAGAGGAAGCAUUUGUCAAAGGGGUGGUGGCUAAGGAAGAUAGAGAACGGUUGUUAGCGGCAGAAUCUGCUGCAAUUGGUUAUACUGAUCGGACAACCGCAAAGUGUCUUUCAGUGUUUGAAGCCCUCAAUAAGGGAAUUUUGGACAAGAAAACCGCCCUUACUCUGCUUCAGGCUCAAGAAUCUGCAGGAGGCAUUCUGGACCCGGUGAACAGUGUUUUCCUACCCAAAGAUGCCGCAAUAAAACGAAAACUUAUCGAUGAAGAGCUGAAACGCUCUCUAAACCAGCAGCCAGAGUGUUACAUAGACCCAGACACUGAGAAGGAUGUUACAUAUGAGUCAUUGAAGAGAAGGUGCAAGACUGAAUAUGACACAGGUCUUCUACUUUUGCCUAUUUCUGGAAAGCAGGACCCAAACAAACUCAUCUUUGAUGGUGUCCGCAAGCCAGUCACCGCACAGCAAUUGCUUGAUUGUGGUGUGUUAGACAAGCCCACAUUUAAUCAGCUAUUGAAGAAGGAGAAAACUAUUCCAGACGUAUCCAAAGACAAAAAGACUAGUCUUAAGGGCACUGGGGCCAUAGCUGCGGUGAUAGCUGGAGAUCGAGGCAAAAUGUCCUUUGCAGAAGCCAAGAAACAAGGACUCAUUCCAAUUGAUAGCGCUAACAAACUUUUGGAGGCCCAGGCUGCCACGGGCCACAUCAUUGAUCCUGAAACCAAUAAGAAACUGACUGUAGUGGAAGCAUGUGACAAAGGGUUGGUGGCUAAGGAAGAUAGAGAACGGCUGUUAGCAGCAGAAUUCGCUGCCAUUGGUUACACUGAUCGAAGCACAGCCAAGCCUCUUUCCGUGUUUGAAGCCAUGAAGAAGGGACUUGUAGACAAGAAAACUGCACUAACUCUGCUUCAGGCUCAAGAAUCUGCAGGAGGCGUUCUUGACCCAGUGAAUAGUAUUUUCCUACCCAGAGAUAUUGCAGUAAAACGUAAACUCAUUGAUGAAGAGCUGAAACGCUCCCUAAUCCAACAGCCCGAGUGCUACGUGGACCCAGACACUGAAAAGUGUGUAACCUAUGAGUCAUUGAAGAGAAGGUGCAAGACUGAACCGGAAACAGGUCUUCUGCUUCUGCCUAUCUCUGAAACGCAAGAUCCCAAGAAACUAAUCUUUGAUGGUAUCCGCAAGCCAGUCACAGCACAGCAGUUGCUUGAUUGCGAAGUAUUAGACAAGCCAACAUUUAACCAGCUUUUGAAAAAGGAGAAAACUAUGCAGGAGGUAUCUACGGCUAAGAAAGUCAGUCUUAAGGGUACUGGGGUCAUAGCUGCUGUGAUUGCUGGAGAUCGAGGCAAAAUGUCCUUAGCAAAAGCCAAGAAACUGGGACUCAUUCCAAUUGAUAGUGCUAACAAGCUUUUGGAGGCCCAGGCUGCCACGGGCCACAUCAUUGAUCCUGAAACCAAUAAGAAACUGACUGUAGUGGAAGCAUGUGACAAAGGGGUGGUUGCUAAGGAGGAUAGAGAACGGUUGUUAGCAGCAGAAUUCGCUGCCGUUGGUUACACUGAUCGUAGCACAGCCAAGCCUCUUUCCGUGUUUGAAGCCAUGAAGAAGGGACUUGUGGACAAGAAAACUGCACUAACUCUGCUUCAGGCUCAAGAAUCUGCAGGAGGCGUUCUUGACCCAGUGAAUAGUAUUUUCCUACCCAGAGAUAUUGCAGUAAAACGUAAACUCAUUGAUGAAGAGCUGAAACGCUCCCUAAUCCAACAGCCCGAGUGCUACGUGGACCCAGACACUGAAAAGUGUGUAACCUAUGAGUCAUUGAAGAGAAGGUGCAAGACUGAACCGGAAACAGGUCUUCUGCUUCUGCCUAUCUCUGAAACGCAAGAUCCCAAGAAACUAAUCUUUGAUGGUAUCCGCAAGCCAGUCACAGCACAGCAGUUGCUUGAUUGCGAAGUAUUAGACAAGCCAACAUUUAACCAGCUUUUGAAAAAGGAGAAAACUAUGCAGGAGGUAUCUACGGCUAAGAAAGUCAGUCUUAAGGGUACUGGGGUCAUAGCUGCUGUGAUUGCUGGAGAUCGAGGCAAAAUGUCCUUAGCAAAAGCCAAGAAACUGGGACUCAUUCCAAUUGAUAGUGCUAACAAGCUUUUGGAGGCCCAGGCUGCCACGGGCCACAUCAUUGAUCCUGAAACCAAUAAGAAACUGACUGUAGUGGAAGCAUGUGACAAAGGGUUGGUGGCUAAGGAAGAUAGAGAACGGCUGUUAGCAGCAGAAUUCGCUGCCAUUGGUUACACUGAUCGAAGCACAGCCAAGCCUCUUUCUGUGUUUGAAGCCAUGAAGAAGGGACUUGUAGACAAGAAAACUGCACUAACUCUGCUUCAGGCUCAAGAAUCCGCAGGAGGCGUUCUUGACCCAGUUAAUAGUAUUUUCCUACCCAGAGAUAUUGCAGUAAAACGUAAACUCAUUGAUGAAGAGCUAAAACGCUCCUUAAUCCAACAGCCCGAGUGUUACGUGGACCCAGAAACUGAAAGGGGUGUUACCUAUGAGUCAUUGAAGAGAAGGUGCAAGACUGAACCGGAAACUGGUCUUCUGCUUCUGCCUAUCUCUGAAACGCAAGAUCCCAAGAAACUGAUAUUUGAUGGCAUCCGCAAGCCAGUCACAGCACAGCAGUUGCUUGAUUGCGAAGCAUUAGACAUGCCAACAUUUAACCAGCUUUUGAAAAAGGAGAAAACUAUUCAGGAGGUAUCCAUGGCCAAGAAAGUCAGUCUUAAGGGUACUGGGGUCAUAGCUGCUGUGAUAGCUGGAGAUCGAGGCAAAAUGUCCUUUGCAGAAGCCAAG